UUUGAAUAGAUUUCUUUUAAAGAUAUAUAUGAGUUAUUACCAUAUUUUAAAAAACAUUACCAAAAAUAUAAAUCAACAUUAAAUGUAGUUAACCAUGUCACAUUUAGUCAUAAGCCAUAUCUUUUUUUCUAGUAUGCAAUAUCAUUUUUUAGUGAAAGUGAUUGUAAAGAUGACAUGUGUAAAAUUACUUCACAAAUAAUUUAUAGGGAAUUUUGUUAAAGAAAAUUUCAUCAUUGCAGAAAUUAAAAAUCCACCACAAUCUGUCUCGCCUCUAUAGCCAAUCUUUAGUAGCCCUUACUUAUUCUCCUCUCCUUUUUUAUUCGAUGUUUACGUUCAUGGAUGCAGCCAGAGUGAAACCUGCUCUUUCCACCAACCCACCGAGCGAAGUUGAUCUGCUAAGCAGUUUGCCAGAUUGCUUAAUAUUCCAGGUAUUCUUAAAUCUCCCGACCAAAGCUGUGGUUAAGACUAGUGUGUUGUCCACCAGAUGGACAAAUCUCUGGAAAGACAUACCUGGUCUGGAUUUGGACCCCGAGGAUUUCAAUAUACACGAAACAUUCGUGAGUUUUGUCGAUAACUUUUUUGAACGCAACCGCGGUUCGUCCAUACAUCGGUUUAAGUUAAUGUACGAUUCUUCUUACUUUGAAGAGCCUGGUCUUGUCAAUCGCUGGGUCGACACGACUGCUAGGCUUAAAGUUGAACAUCUCGAUGUUUCAGAUUAUUGGGAAGUUUACACUUGUAGUAGCUUGGUGUCCCUAAGGCUCGUGAGAAUGAGCUUACCUAAUCCAGAGCUCGUUUCUUUACCUUCUCUCAAAGCUCUGGUUUUAAUCCUCGUUGUGUUUACCAACAAAUGGGCAUUAGAGAAUUUAUUGUUGGUGCCCAUUGGAGAUGAUGAAAGGUUGGUCUUCUUCUACAAUUCACACUAGAGUGUUUGCUUUUGUAAGGACUUAGUCCAUGUAACUGUUAAUGUUGUUCAUGUACCUAUAGUUCCAGUACUUAUGAACCUAAAUGUGUUUACUCUUCAUGCCUUUCAUCUCACAAGUCAACUUGGCAGUUAUGUAUUUCAAGCUUCGUUUGUAAAAGCACAAUCAAAGAUCACAGGGUUUCUUAAAGAUAAUACAUUAGUCUCACUUACAACAGCACUGAGUAAACCAAUGAAAAUCAAAGACAAACCAGUCAAGAACAUGUCAUGAAACAGAAUCUCAUCUGCAGUAACCUUCGGUGACUCAUGAAACGAUCCAUCAGGGAUCAUCUACCCUCUAAGAUGCAACCAUGUUCUCUUGGCUGGACAAAAGAGAAUGAAAGGAAUAACAAAAGCCAGAAUCUUGUGUAUCAUUCUGUUUUAUCAUAA